AUGAUCGGUGAAAUGGAUGCGGACAGUGUUGUAGGAUAUUUCAGGGGCAAGAGUAUCCUCAUCACUGGUUCAACUGGCUUCCUAGGCAAAGUGCUCGUAGAGAAGAUACUGAGGGUUCAACCUGAUGUGAAGAAGCUCUUCCUCUUGAUUCGGGCCCCUGAUGCUGAAUCCGCGAAGCUUCGGAUUCAGACUGAGAUCAUAGAUCGGGAGAUCUUUCAUGUGCUAAAAGAAAAACAUGGUGUGCGGUUCAAUAAUUUCAUUGAAGAAAAGAUAUGUCCUUUGGUGGGAGAUAUCAUUUAUGAAAACUUUGGACUAGACAAUGCCCAGCUAGGGGAAUUGUCCAAGGAUAUAGAUGUCAUCGUCAACGGAGCUGCGACUACAAAUUUCUUCGAAAGAUAUGAUGUGGCUUUCGAUGUGAAUGUCUUGGGUGUGAAGCACAUCUGCGCAUUUGCAACAAAAUGUCCUAAGCUCAGGAUGUUGCUUCAUGUUUCAACAGCCUAUGUAGCUGGUGAACAAGAGGGGAUAAUACCAGAGAAGCCAAUCUUGAUGGGUGAGACCAUAAAGGUGGGCACACACCUAGACAUCGAAUCGGAGUUAAAUUUAAUCAAAGAGACCAUGCAAGAACUAAAAGCUAGUUGUUCCAUGGAGAAGGCUGGGAGGAAAACCAUGAAGGAGCUUGGCCUCAAGAGGGCUCGAAACUUCGGGUGGCCAAACACCUAUGUAUUCACUAAGGCAAUGGGGGAGAUGAUGAUGGAGCUCCUACCAAUGGACUUUCCGGUUGUCAUCAUCCGCCCGAGCAUUAUAACCAGUACCUUCAAGGAGCCAUUGCAUGGAUGGAUGGAAGGAAUCAAGACAAUCGACUCGGUGGUCAUCGGAUACGCCAAGCAGACCUUGCCCUUCUUCCUAGUCGACCUAGAUUUAAUAAUGGAUGUGAUUCCAGGGGACAUGGUGGUGAACGCUAUGAUGGUUGCCAUGGUAGCACACUCAGAGGAUCAGCGGGUGCAAAUCAUCUACCAUGUAACAUCGUCGCUGCGGAACCCAGCACCUUACGCCAUCCUUUGGAAGUCUCUCUUUCGGUACUUCAAUGACAAUCCCCCAUGCACGGGAAGGAAUGGUGAGCGUGUUCGGCUGAAGAAGAUGCGGUUCUUCAGCUCUAUCAUGUGGUUCAGGCUGUACAUGGCCUUCAAGUACAUGCUUCCCCUCGAGAUGCUUCGCCUAGUGAACAUUGCACUUUGUGGUGUUUUCUCACGGGUAUACAACGAACUCAGCAGAAAAUUCAGAUUCAUGAUGCAGUUGAGCGAAUUAUAUGCACCAUACACUUUGUUCAAAGGGUGCUUUGAUGACAUGAACUUGGAUAAACUAAGGAUGGCGAUGAAAAAGGACAAUCAAAAUAACAAUGGGGCCUAUUACUUUGAUUUUGAUCCCAAGUACAUUGACUGGGAAGAUUAUUUCUACAGUGUUCACAUCCCUGGUGUGCUCAAAUAUACGCGUGAUUGA